AGGUGCUGCGGCCAUAUCUUCCACCUCACAUCCUCCUUCUGCUCAAGACUCAGUCCGGCUGUCUUCAUCCUGGAUUUGGCACAGGCGUGAGCCCCCAGGAGGGCAACUGAGUCCCCACCCACAGGAGGCGCGUGGAUAUGCAACAGCGGCAGCAUCUCCAGUAGUGCCCCCUGUGAAGAGGCUCAAGAUGCCCCAGCUGCUCCCGCCGCUUUGAGCAGUGCACACCGGGACCCGACAGACGCACAGAGUGCCGGGAGUAGAAUUAAGAACGACCCCGUGGGAACAGGCCGGUCGGGGGCAGCAGGAGGCGCUUGGAAAGGGGGGCGGGGGGCGGGGUGGGGGGUGUGUUUGGGGGGGUAGAAAACAUUUGAGCUCUGGCUGGCUUCAGUGGCUAGGGAUGUUGUCCUGGAAGAAGUGUCAUGGACCGGGCAUGGCGCGGCUUUUGGGUUUCUGCUGGUUGGUUCUGAUUUUCUGGAGGGGCUCCCAGGCUUGCCCCACGUCCUGCACAUGCAGUACUACUCGGAUCUGGUGCAGCAAUCCUUCCUCUGGUAUCACGGCCUUUCCAAGGCUGGAACCAAACAGCCCCGACCCAGAGAACAUCACAGAAAUUUAUAUUGCAAAACAGCCGAGGUUAGAGUCCAUCACUGAAGAUGACCUGGAAGGAUAUGUGGGGCUGAAAAAUCUAACGGUGGUGGAAUCAGGACUAAAAAUGGUGGCUCCUCAGGCCUUUCUAAAAAACCCCAAUCUGCAAUACAUCAAUUUCACCAAGAACAAAUUGACAAGUUUGUCUAGGAAGCAGUUCCGUCAUCUCUUCUUAACUGAACUUACUCUAGUGGGCAAUCCACUGACGUGCUCUUGUGACAUCCUCUGGAUCAAGACAUUCCAAGAGACGAAAUCCAUUUCAGAGACUCAGGAUUUAUACUGCACAAAUGAGAACAACCAGAAGAUUGCUCUAAAAGACCUGAAGAUACCCAAAUGCGUCAUGCCAUCAGCAAAUCUGAUCACGCCCAAUCUCACAGUUGAGGAAGGGAAGUCCAUCACGUUGUUUUGUAACACAUCAGGACAUCCAACUCCUGAUGUAUCCUGGGAAGUCGGUAAUCUGGUUUCCAAACAUAUGAAUGAAACAAGCAAGGCAUCGGCCUCCUUAAAGAUAACUAACAUUUCAUCUGAUGACAGUGGAAAACAAAUCUCUUGUGUGGCAGAAAACAUAGUAGGAGAAGCGCAAGAUACUGUCAACCUCACGGUGCAUUUUGCACCAACUAUCACAUUUCUCGAAUCUCCAACCUCAGACCACCACUGGUGCAUUCCAUUCACUGUGAAAGGAAACCCCAAACCAACGCUGCAGUGGUUCUAUCAAGGGGCCAUUCUGAAUGAGUCUAAGUACAUCUGUACUAAAAUACAUGUUACCAAUCACACCGAAUACCAUGGCUGCCUUCAGCUGGAUAAUCCUACUCACAUGAACAAUGGUGUCUACACCUUAAUGGCCAGGAAUGAGUAUGGCAAAGACGAGAAGUGGGUCCAGGCUCACUUCAUGGGCCGUCCUGGAAUUGAUGAUGGUACAGACCCAAAUUACGAUAUUGACCUUUAUGGUGGCUAUGAUUAUGAGACCACACCUAAUGAUAUUGGAGAAACUACAAAUAAAAGUAAUCCAAUCACUUCAACAGAUGUUUCCAACAAAGAUAAUGAAGAUAGCAUCACGGUGUAUGUCGUAGUGGGAAUUGCAGCAUUGGUGUGCACUGGUUUGGUGAUAAUGCUGAUUAUUCUUAAGUUUGGAAGACACUCCAAGUUUGGCAUGAAAGGUAAGAAGAAUUGCAUGUAUUUCCCUUUCUGUAUGGCUAAUAUGAGUGAUGCUAACUUGUCAUUCAAGGCUCAGGAUUGCUAG